GGAGGGAAGCGCCGGGAUCCGCGGUGGGGUCGUGCCCGGGGGUCGGGCAGGACCUCCCGGCCGGGGGAUGGAUGCCACAGAGGCGGGGUCUGACAGCAACAUUAAAAACUUCCCCGGAGCUGCUCUUUCCAGCCGCUGGGGCGGGGCUGGACCGCGGCAGCGGGAGUUUAUCUGGGGCAAGGCACGGGAAUGUCGGUGGAGCCACCGCGGGAAGCACCAUGUCUCUGUUAUAACUGAGUAGCCCUUAUGACCAACAUGAGCUGGAGCUUCCUCACCCGCCUGCUAGAAGAGAUUCACAAUCACUCCACCUUCGUGGGGAAGGUCUGGCUCACCGUGCUCAUCGUGUUCCGCAUCGUCCUGACCGCGGUGGGGGGCGAGUCCAUCUACUCCGAUGAGCAGAGCAAGUUCACCUGCAACACGAAGCAGCCGGGCUGCGACAACGUCUGCUACGACGCCUUCGCGCCGCUGUCGCACGUCAGGUUCUGGGUCUUCCAGAUCAUCGUGAUCUCCACCCCUUCCGUCAUGUACCUGGGCUACGCCAUCCACAGGAUCGCCCGCUCGGCCGAGGAGGAGAAGAAGUUCAAGGGGUUCAAGAAGAAGAAGCAGUUUGCCCUGAACUGGCAGGCCGUGCGCAACAUGGAGGACGCGAUGGAGGCCGACGAGGAGGAGCCCAUGAUCUCCGACGACACGGCGGAGCACGAGAAGGCCAAAGCCAAGCCCAAGAGCAAGGAGCCGCAGAAGCACGACGGGAGGAGGCGCAUCCAGCAGGAGGGACUGAUGAAGAUCUACGUCUUCCAGCUGCUCACCAGGGCUUCCUUCGAGGUUUGCUUUUUGAUAGGGCAGUAUUUGCUCUACGGCUUCGAGGUGGAGGCGUAUUACGUCUGCAACAGGGUGCCCUGCCCUCACACCGUGGACUGCUUCGUGUCCCGGCCGACGGAGAAGACCAUCUUCCUCCUGGUGAUGUACGUGGUGAGCUGCCUGUGCCUGCUGCUGAACAUGUGUGAGAUGUUCCACCUGGGCUUCGGGACCAUCCGCGACGCCAUCCGCAACCGGAAGAUCAACAGCUUCAGGCAGCCGCCCUACAACUACGCCUACCCAAAGAACAUCUCCUGCCCCCCCGAGUACAACCUGGUGGUGAAGUCGGAGAAGUCCACCAAGAUCCCCAACAGCCUGAUGGCCCACGAGCAGAACUUGGCCAACGUGGCCCAGGAGCAGCAGUGCACCAGCCCGGACGAGAACCUCCCGGCGGAUUUGUCCACCCUUCACAAGCACCUGCGGGUGGCCCAGGAGCAGUUGGACAUCGCGUUCCAGAGCUACAGCAGCACCCAGGCCAACACCCAGCCCUCCAGGACCAGCAGUCCCGCCUCGGGGGGCACGGUGGUGGAGCAGAACAGGGCCAACACCGCCCAGGAGAAACAAGGUGCUAAACCCAAGGCCUCCUUGGAGAAGGGCAGCUCCAGCAGUAAGGACGGGAAGACGUCUGUGUGGAUAUAACUUUGUGGAAGAGGUGAGGGGGCAGCAUAAGUGUGGGGGGGUUAUUUUGGUUUGUCUCUGGUUUUUGGCGUUACCUUGCGUUCGUUUCGCUGGGCACAGGCACAGUUUUUGUGUGGAAAUCGAGAGAGAGAAAAGGAGUUUCAGACCAGUCUAGUGCUGUCUUCCAAGGCGUUAACAAAAGACAUUUCUUCCCUGUUUCCAAUGUGUUCUCCAGCUGGGAACCUCCAGUGAGUAACAGGAACCUCCAGUGAGUAACAGCAACCCCCCUGCACCUCCCACCCCUUGGGUCACCACCGGAGCCCCCAGCAGGGAUGGACAACGCGCUGUGGUGGGACGUGGAGCUGCUGGUGGCUCAGGAGGGAGGUCAGGCUGGCACGAGCAGCCGCCCUCCUGCACGGCAAGGCUUGAGGGCUGCAGGUCAGGCGGCGUUUAAUUACUAAAUACCCUUAAUCAAAUUAAUUUCCGAUCCCCUGAUAUGAGAACAACUGACACAUUGCGCGGACCUUCACGGCACAGCGUCCUGCCUGGAUUGGCGGGUGCUCCUGCAGGGCAUCAUGAAGACGUUGUUGGAUGCUGCAAGCCAGGGGCUGGCACCCACAUCAGGUAAUGGGGCGGGAACACGGCGACUGUCUCACCCAGAGAGCCCUAAGAACGGCCCAGCACUGAAGGUUUCAUCUUUUGUUCCUCUGCGUCGAAGCAAAAAGCAGAUCUGCUCCAACCCUCCGGAGCAGGAGCGAGCAGUGACACUGCAUCCUACCGGUGCCUGUGUAGCCCUUGCUACAGAUGUGAUGGGAAUCCUUGCAGUUACAGAGGUUUUUUUUUUAUGAACCGCUGCUUCACAUCAUCAGAAAGUGCCUUUAUGCAACCAGGAAAACAAAAAGCGUAGAGGGUUUAGGCUUCUUUAUUUGCUGAGUUUAAGUGGAGGUCGGAAGGUCGGCAUCGGCAAAUUUGGUUUUUUCUGAUUAAUCAAGGAAGAUCUCAGUUGGCAAAUCUAGGGUUUUUUUGAUGAAUCAAGGAAGAUCUCUGUUGGUAAGUUUGUUUUUCUGAUGAAUCAAACCCUUAUAAAUAGUGGCAGAAGGCAGAUCUAUGCAUAGUGUGUCUAUGGUGUGUGUGUACACGUGUACGUAUAUAUACAGACACAUAUGAACAUGUGUGUGUGAAUAUAGACAUAGAGAGAUAUAUGUAAAUGUAA